AUGGUUAUCCUUUUGAUGUUAGCCCUGGGAGCCACGAUACUGGAGAACAACCAGCUAAAACAGGUCAUCAGAGAUUCCGGACCUCAGGCCACAUUUGUGCGGACCACAGGGCUGAAGAGAGACAUAAAGUUCCCGUGGAAAGGAGACGAUCUGUGGAACAUCCCGUAUGUGUGGAAGGAACAUGUUGCGAGGGUUCCUCCGCCGACUCCAGUUCUUUUUACAGACGGUAGAUCUCCCCUCAGCUACCCGACACAGGGCCUCAGGGUCCAGCCGAUGAAAACACUCGUCAUCCCGGGUGUAAAGCUGGAGGAAUCCGGUAAUGACAAGAACAAAUUUGUAAUUCAACUCAAUGCCGGGCUUGGUGUACUGACGACCCUAGCGGAUGUUCCGGGUGUUGCAGCAGAAGGUGUGGGAAGCAAGCACCUGACCAUUUCCAGUGCGUCACUGGAACAUCUCAACAGACAGCUGCAGUUCCUGGUGUACAACAACACUCACUUUGAUCCAGACACCGUGGACUACGUGGCGAUCCAGUACCUCCACUACAGCGGAAGCAUUCCCAUCCGAAUUCGACAUAAAACAUUGCCGCAAAUGUUUCCCAUUGUACCAGAUGAUAUCACAACAAAAGUAACCAUAGUGACGAAGACGUUCCUAAGAUACGACAGGUUACGUCAGUUGAUUGACAGCGUACGUCGGUUCUACCCAAACAUCACCAUUAUCAUCGCCGACGACAGCGAACAUCCCGAAAAGGUCGAAGGUCACAACAUAGAGCAGUACAUCAUGCCGUAUGGAAAGGGUUGGUUUGCUGGACGUAACUUGGGCGUGUCCCAGGUCACCACGCCCUACUUUCUCUGGGUGGACGACGACUUCGUCUUCACGUCACGAACCAAGAUUGAGCUCCUUCUGCAAGUCAUCGAAACCACAAAUCUGGAUGUGGUUGGUGGUGUAGUAGGCAAAGGAAGGAGUCGGUUCCGACAUAAGAUCAGAAUUGACGACGGCGAUGAGCUUGGGGACUGCCUGUACCGCAUUCGGGGCUCCUAUCACGCGGUGGAAGGUUUUCCAGACUGCGAGGUGGCCGACAUGGUCACCAACUUCUUCCUGGCAGACACCAUCAAGGCCCGACGUGCUGGAUUCGACCCUCGGUUCACAAGGAUCGCGCACAGUGAGUUCUUCCAGGACGGCCUGGGAGAGUUACGAGUGGCGUCCUGUUCUCACGUGAGGAUAGACCAUGAUCAUGGCGGGCGGCAGCAAAAGUAUGACAAGUACCGCUACAUGACCAGAACUUCCCUCAUAGAAUUGUACAUGUCUUUAUUAUACAAGUACAAUCUCAAAUGCCUUUCGUAUUAGCGCAUUUUAUUGUUAUUUUGGUGAGCUCUCCAACUUGAGUGCGCCACCAAUAUGUACUGUCUCGAUCUUU